CGGUUCCCUUGCCAAGCCACAUUUCCCAUCAACCCAUGUGCUAGAUACUGGCGAGUCAGCUGAGAUCAUUUAACCUAGCAACGGCUUGUCCAUUCAGACAAGCGAUCUGCUAUCGUAUCAUUCCUGGGAAUAUCGCUCGGGAGCACUCCACGUGGGGCUGCUAUGAAACUCUAAGCUCCGAUUCUCCUUGCUUCCUUUGGCACCUAAUCCUGGGAAAUUUUCCCUCUUGUUUACCGAUUCUUUUCCGAUACUUGAUUGUCCUAUUCUGAUCUUGGAUAGUUUGCAGGUGCACAGGACCAUUCACUCAGGAAAACUGCUCUAGUUAAUCGGAAGUGGUUGGGAAAUAGUUAUAUUCUUUCUGAGGACUUGGCGUUAUUACUAGGCUAUUCGGAAUAUUUCUCAUUAAUCCUUGAUUUGACGAAAAACCAACUGGCCAGACAAUGUUUGAUGCUGACGGAGACGCGGUGAUGGUGGGCGUAAAACGCAAAGCCGAAGAAGAGGCAGAGGAAGAACAUGCCGAGGAAAUGGAAGACGAUGACGAGGACAGCGAUAAGAAGAAGUCGCCACGACGCAAAAAGCGCAAGAAAGUUCCUGGGCCGCGGUUGCCAAAGAACGCACUAAUGCAGCUGAAUGAAAUCAAACCGGGUCUUGUGUUCAAGAUGGUGACCCAGUCGGGGCCUGUGCACGCACCAACGUUCACCAUGUCCGUUGAAGUGAAUGGGCAAACAUUCGAGGGAAAUGGUACGAAUAAACGCAAAGCCAAACAAGCCGCAGCCGAGAAGGCCCUGGUUUCGUUUGUCCAGUUCCGGAACGCGUCGGAAGCUCAUCUGGCAAUGGGGCGUGAUGUUCUCAAUGGCGACUUCACGCUAGAUACCGACCCGCUCGUCGACCAGAUCAUGAUGAAGUUCGACCCGACGGAGGAAGGUGGGGCACAGACAAACGGCAGCAGCCAACAGAGUGGCAAAACUCAGCUCCAGUCUCUCGACAAGAAUCCGGUGAUGCUCCUGAACGAGAUGAAGCCAGGCCUAAAGUAUGAAUUUGUCUCCGAGACCGGGGAAAGCCAUUCGAAGAAUUUCGUCAUGGCGGUUAAGGUUGAGGAGAAAACGUUCACAGGGUCUGGACGGAAUAAGAAGCUGGCCAAGGCACGAGCUGCCCAGGUUGCGCUGUCAACACUCUAUGAUAUGGAUUUCCCUAACGCACCUUCUCUGCAACCCAUGGCCAGCGACAACUCUCAGAAGCUCCCCCAGUCUCUUGCUGAUCAUGUUGCUAAAGUGGUCCUAGACAAAUUCGCUGAGCUGACAAAUAAUUUCACUGAAUCGACUGCAAGACGCAAAGUCCUCGCCGGCUUCGUCAUGUCAACGGGUCCAGAGUUGGGGGAUGUGCAAGUGAUCAGUUUGGCAACCGGUACGAAGUGUAUCAAUGGCGAAUAUAUCAGUGACCAGGGCACAGCCCUCAAUGAUUGUCAUGCCGAGAUAGUUGCGCGGCGAUCCCUGCUGCGAUUCCUCUACAACCAGGUCCAGAUGCACGCACAAAGUCCUGAAGAGGUGGAGAAGUCUAUUUUGGAACGGAAUGAGUCCGGCGGCUUCAAGUUGAAGGAGAACGUGCAAUUCCAUUUGUACAUCUCCACGUCGCCGUGCGGAGACGCCAGGAUCUUCUCGCCGCACGAACCAGGGCAGGACGGCGAGGGUGGUGACCGGCACCCGAAUCGCAAGGCGCGUGGACAGCUGAGGACGAAGAUCGAAUCCGGUGAAGGUACGAUCCCGGUGCGGACAAGCUCUUCGGUUCAGACGUGGGAUGGUGUACUCCAGGGAGAGCGUCUGUUGACCAUGUCCUGUAGCGAUAAGAUCUGCAAGUGGAAUGUUCUCGGAAUGCAGGGUGCCCUGCUGAGCCACUUUGUUGAGCCCAUCUACCUAAACAGCAUAAUUUUGGGCAGUCUCUACCACGCUGACCACCUAUCGCGUGCAAUGUAUGCCCGCAUCACAGACGCCGGAGAAAUGCCGCCGCCAUACCACAUCAAUCGUCCAUUCCUGAGUGCAAUCAGUAACCCGGAGUCGCGGCAGCCCGGCAAGGCGCCCAACUUCAGCGUCAACUGGUGCACAGGUGAUGCACGUUUAGAAGUCAUCUCGACCACGACAGGCAAGAACGAACAGGGUUACGCUUCCCGCGUGAGUAAGCAGGCCCUGUUCAAGCUGUUCAAGGAGUUGUUCGGCACAGUGCCAUCGACCACUGGGGUGCGUGAUCUCCCGUCGCACUACGGCGACGUUAAGCAAUUGGUUCAGGACUACCAAGCGACGAAGCAGUCCUUGUAUAAAGUUUUCCAGGAUGCCCGACUCGGAAACUGGGUAAAGAAGCCUGUCGAGCAGGACCAGUUUGCACUGAAUUGCUAACCGGUUCCAACCAGUUGGUACAGGUUAGAACUGGCGACUGAAACGGUUCGUUCCAAACUGAUUCAGUUUGCUAUGGUUCAGCUCAUAGCAUUGUGCGACAUAGCGGAAGAGCAUAGCUUUUCAAAGUUGGUUUCGGUAGUUGUCAAGUCAUGCGGUAUUGCUGAAAGUCUUGGAAGGCAAUGCAAAGCUCAAACAGCUGAACUUCUCAGGCAAAUUGAUACUAAUCUACCAGCAGACACCGAUUGCCGAAACCAGUUUACUGCUGUGUCACUCAUUGCGACGGUCUGCUCUGUUGCAUUCUAGAUCAAAACGGUUCGCUCCCUAGUUACUUUUGGACAUGGGGUAACACGUACCACAUUGGGGGUACCACGUACCACAUCAGGGGUACCACGUACCGCGUUGGUGCGUCCCCAGAAGUUGCCGAGUUUGACCUUCACCCCUGGUUGCUACCAGCUAGAAGCAGAAAACAAUCUGGUUCUGGAUGAUACACCAAGUUUCUUUGUCACUAAGUUCCAAAAGUCCAUGCAUCACAGAUUUAACAGCCGGUUAUGCGCACCGGAUUACUGGAGUUUACGAACAGAUGUUACGCCGGUUCAUGAACUUUUUAAACCCUGCAUCCAUGGUUGGAAUUUACAAAAUGAUUUUAUUCAAACUGUUUACCGACAGUUCAGGAUACAAUUGGACUGGAUAUCUAGUCCUUGGAUGAACAAAUUUAUUUCACAAAUAUCCAGAAUUCCAAUUAAUGAAAAUGCAAAACCAUUCGAGGAAUAUAUUUGCAUUAACCCAAAGAGUGCAUCAGGUGAAUUAAAGUUUUAUUUCUAUUCUUAUUCCUGGGAGAGGAAAACUAUUAAGGAUUUUAUUGCUUCAAUUUUAUCAACGGACGAAGUGUUUGGACAAGGUCAAUUAAGUUCUACUUUUUUUGCGAGAAACAGUCUUUUAAACAAUAAACUUAAUCAUGAUGAAUCGGCCAUGGGUUUGACCAGUCUUGUAUCAGUUUUCCUGUCGCAUCAAUCAUGCAACCAGAGGCAAGCCUCUGUCAACACCGGUUGUCUUACCAACCGGUUCGACGCACCGUUUUAUGGCUACGGUUUAAGGUUACAGGUCAGAUUAGUCAGUUGUCACAGGUGUAAAAUAUGCUAUUGUAGUGAAUUUUGUCGGUUGUGUAGAGCGGUUGUUCACUGUCAUUGUCACCUUGUAGAUCACACAUUUCAUCGACGUAAGUUGAAGUUUUUAGGACGUGGUGGGGAUGUUUUGAAAAUGAGAUAUUCUCACGAUAUCCUGACCAAAAAAUGGAACAUUUUUAUGUCAAGCUUAGAUUCAAAUUUAAACGCUGUCACUUCAGUAAAUGGAGAGAAGUCUUUUGUGAAUACAUCUAGUGAACAGUGGAGCAAAUGUAAGCGAUGGACACAUGUUCGUUUAAAGAAACAACUGAAGUAUGUUUCAGGAAAUCAUGACACAUUUUAUUAUGUUAGAUUUCAAUGUGAAUAUUCUUGUAGUUCUGCAGCUCACUUACAUUUAUGUUGCACUUUCAAAAAAUGGGCAGGUCAUUCUGAAUUCUAUGAUAUAGAUCAUUCAUUUCACAAAAAUUCUUGUAAAGUUGUUCAGCCUCAUAGUUAUUGGACGUUUAGCCACUGCCACAGAAAUACAUGGACACAAAUUCGACCACCGGAAAGAGUCCAUUUUGUUGACCCAAGUGUAUUAUUUCUUAAACUAUUUAAGGUUUUGUGGGGGAGGGAUUGAAAAAUAGGUGACACAAAGUUGUAAAAUACUAGUAUUGAAUGCCAGUUAAUUAUUUUUUUCCAGCAAUUAAAUAAAAGAGGAGGUAAUUAGCCAAUAUCUAUAGUUAAUUUUACGCUUAUUUUCACUAAUGGAGUCUUAUUAGGCUACAAUACAAUGAUUCUUAGAUUUUUAAGAUUAGGUAUUAAGCAAGUAUGAAAUGAUCUCUUAUAUGGCUUGAUUCGAAAUCAAAUCAUUGUUUAGUCUAUUUCACGAAAAAAUGGCACCGUACAGUGGGAAAGUUGUCAGUAUUUCACUUAAAAUGGCACGUUCUUGGUCAUGUUGAGAUUCAGUCAAAGAAAAUAGAUUUACCGGUAGAUACUUUAGCUUUGAUUUCUCAGAUGAAAGAAAUAUUUUGUUUACGUGUUUCAUUUUCUGCGUGAAAUCACCAAAAUCAUGAGAUUGUUUUUUUUCUCUGGUGAAAUAGGGUAUAAUUUGUUUGAUUCCCAAAAAACAUGUUAAAUAACAGAAAAUACAUUUAUUCUUGAAGCUGAAACCACAAUGGGGAUUUGCACAAAAAAUGCUUUUGUCUUUACUAAUUAUUGGCACAAAGGUGCAUUAUUGUAAAUCAGGCUAAUUCCAAAUCGAGGAUGAAAAUUUAAGGAAAAAAAAGACCUUGGACAGUCUUUUUAUACGAUUAGUUUGUGUGGAUAGGAUCUUUUUUUUGAGAGAAAUUUAUGUUUAUCUCUUUCUAUCACAAGGGUAAUUUGCUCAAAAUCGCCAGGUUGUUGGAUUAAUUGCCUGGGCUGAGGAGAAACUAAAAUAUUCAACAAAACUGUUUAAUAUUUACAAUUUGUUUUAAACACCCUGACUUGGAAAGAAUUUUGAAGAUGUAUUCUCUAUUUAUGUUUUAUGUUAACUGAAAAUGCUCCGCAAAUGAGAUAUUUUUAUCCCUGCGACUUGCGAUGAUUAUCUCGAUGAUUAUUGCUUCAGUUAGCACUGAAAAGAUCGCUGGUCUGCAGGUAAAAUCGGUAACCGCUAAGUUUGAUAUUCAUGGCAACCAAUUCUUGUCGAAGGCACCUGCAGCAAUCACCACUGAUGACACUUUCGUUGCGUACAACAAUUAUUACAGACCGUGGUCACUCUGACAAAAAACUUGUUUGCUGGGCGCUUUAGGUGUCUUGUGAUGGGCUUUAAAGGUACUGAGUAAAAUGUUGGUAACUUUGGAAAAUAACUCUGAUUUUCUUUCUUAUACUUAUAAAGUGUAGCCCCUGAAUUUAUUUGGUAACUGCUAAGCGGUAAUAAUCAUGAAAAUUUCAGUUCUUCAUUUCCCCCUCAUUGCAGUGUUCAAUCACUGGCACAGUCCAUCACAGGUUACCUGAAAAAUACUAAGGCUGCCUUCUCUAUUUCAAUGUAAUUGGUAUGGCCCAUCAAGGGUGUUACCAUUUAUGAAUCUGCUCAUUGAAUUUUAACUUGAAUUAAAACUCCAAGAGGGCAAAUCUGUACAUGUCCUAGAACCUAGGGAAGAAUAACUGUUCUAUGUUUUUGCUCAAAAAAUUGUGCACAAUUGGACAAGUUUGGAAGAUUAUAAAGUCUUUAUAGGAGUUGGCAGCCCUGGACCUCAUCUUUAUGUGUAUAAUUAUGUAAAAGAGUAAUUUUAUCUGUCCUAUCUUGGAAAAUUUCAUUAAUUUUCUUCGGUUCUGUGUUCAUAAUACAAGAAUCUUUAUUUAUCAAA